AUGCGGUACAUAACACUUUUAUCAACUUUAGCCCGUAACUCUAAUAGAAUCAUACACAAUUCACUCAAAUUUAAAAGAUACCAUACAUUCACUUUACAAACUCGCAGAUUUAGUACCGAUGAUGACUACAUAGACAAAUAUUUGGAAAUAUACGGCACAUACUUGAUUGGAAAAAAGGCUCCUGAUUUCACCAAAUCUGCUGUUUUAUCAAAUGGAGAAAUAACGAAUCUUAAUUUCAAAGAGUAUAAGGGAGGUGACAUGGCUGUCAUAUUAUUUUACCCCUUGGAUUUUACUUUUGUCUGCCCCUCGGAGCUGUUGGCAUUUGCUAAAAGGGAAGAAGAGUUUAAGUCAAGGGGGGUUAAGUUAUUAGCCGUGAGUGUAGAUUCUGCCUUCGCUCAUCAGGCAUGGAAGAAAUUACCCUUGACUUCAGGAGGAAUUCCCAACGUCGGAUUCCCACUCAUAUCAGAUUCGGAUCACUCAUUGGCUACUACAUAUGGCGUACUUAGGGAAGAUGGGUUUUGUAACAGAGCAACUGUCAUUGUGAAUAACGAAGGGAAUGUAGUACAUUAUGCUGCAAACGAUUUGUUUUUGGGUAGGAGUGUGGAUGAGACACUGAGGUUGAUAGAUGGAAUCAAGUUUCACCAAGAGAAUGGCAACGUAUGCCCGGCUGAUUGGAAGAAGGGUAAUAAGGGAAUGGCGGCAGAUGCCAAAUCUACCGCUAGUUAUUUAAAUGAGGCUUUUGGCCAAACUUCUUAA